AUGGCCUCCGCUCUACUACCCAUCGAAAUCUGGAGUCAUAUCCUCAGACAAGUGCCGAAGUCAAAUCUGUCACAAGUGCUCGAAGUCUGUUCAUUGUUCCACGACCUCGCUGUUCCCAUACUGUUCGAGUCAAUCAAGAUAUAUUUUAUGAACGGUCAGAACGGCCUCAGUAUGCUAAACACAGAUGAUUCUCUCUGGAUGGAGGAAAUUGCCUACAAGCUCAUGCGGAGAUCCUGGGAACUCCUCAACCACAUUGCCCACAACCUUCGUUUCGCGAGCUACGUGAAGAGCAUCACUGUUAUUGCAUAUGCCGAUGGACUCUCAGUCUUCGAACAGUUGACCCUGGCAAAUACCAUGGCCUUUGUGUCAAAUCUGCAAACAUUUCGUUGGAUCGGCAAUAAUCCGGUUUUCGACGAGACGGUUGCUAAACGCCUUCCGCCAACUCUCCAGAGAUUAGUCGUUCAGUCUCAUCUACCCUUGAAUGACCUCCCACAUUUCCAAAACCUUUCGACCCUCCACCUCUCUAUACCAUUCCUCUUCCCCGACGAUGAGGAAGCCCACGACGAUUUUGUCCACGACGCACUUCUGGAGAGCCCAUAUACAGAUCUCCAGAUAGCGGCCACUCUCGAAGACAUCUCCUCGAAUCUCACCUCUUUAAGAAUCACAGCCUCAGACGUCCGUGGCGUGCCGAUCCGACUGUAUAGCCAACUCAAAGGCUUGGAGAUCUUUGGCACGAUCGGCGAUGAUGAAGAACUCGUUGGGCUCGACCUCGUCUUUCGCUAUGCGACUUCCCUUGAGUCGCUAUCCCUGGUAGGCUACUUUGUUCCUGCUAUGUUUUCAUUUUUCCUUCCCUUUUCCUCCGACACCCUCCCUCAUCUGACUUCUUUCCGCCUGAGCUGUGAUUACUCCACCCUAGGAGAAAGUAACGACUGGGAGCUUCAAUCUCUUUGUCAGUUCUUGCAAGGUCGUGCUCUACUGCGCCGUCUAUACCUUCGCAUCCCCACUAUAACAUGGGGUCAUGUCAUGUCUUUAUUCCCGACUAUCAAGGACCUUGCUGGCUUAGAAGUGCUUGGCCUUCAUACUGGGAAAGAGUUCAUCGCAGAAGAUGCAUUGUACUCACUGGCACAAAUUUUAUCACCGAAGCUUCGUGCCCUCCACCUUGGUAUUAGAUGGGACGGCGCGAGCAUCUUACCCCUGGUGGACGCCAUUGGCACACUGCCUCGCCUUUCCUUCGUUCAUCUUUAUGGAGCGAUCGGUCGGCUGCCCCUCCAAAUAGCGGACUUCGCAGUUCAGAAUGAAGCACUGCAGACUAUAGGACUCAAUCGUGCUCUAUGGACAAUCAGUAGGGUAGGUCCAGACAUUCUAACCGAGAAGUGGCCCAGGUGGAAAAUUAAGUUUUGCGUCGAGGAAGACUUCAUUUGCGAAGAUGAUGCUUGGUUGUUCAAGUACUACUGA